AUGGAUUCAGAGACUGCUGUGCUUCUUCUUCAGAGUAAGGUUUUGAAUGCUUGUCAUCCUAAUGCUGGGCUGGAAAGGAUUAAGCUUCAACAUAUUUAUGGAGAGAGGAAUGAUGUAGCUGAUGGGUUGGCUACUUGGAGUCACAAUUUGGAUCUGGGCUGUUGCUAUCUUAAGGAGAGUCCUGCCUGGCCUGGGUAUCUGUUGCUUAAGAGCACUUCUAGCAGUGAGAAUGUUGCCAUGGCAAGGGGGGGCUGGGCAGACACUAUUCACUGCCACUUCCGGCAGUUGCCAUGGCAAGGGAUAAAUUUCAUCUGA